AUGGAGGUAGAUUCGGAAAGAAGGAUGGGUAAUGUUUUCUGGUCAGAUGCAAGGUCAAGACGAGCUUAUGUGUUUUUUGGAGAUGUGGUGGUAUUUGAUAUGACGUUCAGCACGAACAACCAUAGGAUGGUCUUUGUGCCUUUGUUAGGCAUUAAUAACCAUCUGCAUACGGUGUUGUUUCGUCACGCAUUCCUAACUAGUGAAACCACGGAUUCAUUUGUAUGGGUGUUAGAGGAAUUCAAGAAAGCCAUGUCGGGUGAGCCACCCAAAAUGAUCAUCACUGAUUAA